GUUGCCAUAUGACAAUACCUUUUAUAUAACUGCCUAACAGUUUGUGCAAAUGGAACAUUGCAGCCUACCCUGAUAAUUUUCUCGCUUUGAGAGCAAAGUGGUGAUAUUUAUUGCUGAGAGCUGUUUACUCAAAUGUUUUUGUUUUUGCUGCUGGGUAGUCAGAAUUUUUGCUUAUGAUAUUUGACAUUUGUGCAAUUUCAAAAGAUAUGGCAAAUAGCAUAUGAUAAAGAAAAAGAGAACAACAAAACGGAAUUGAGUGAAACAUUCAAAAGCCAAAAUUUGUUAGUGCAGAGUGUAGAACAUAACUUUGAUGUAAAAUUUCAAAUGAAUUGAAAAAUUCUUUCGCUGUCAGAAAAUUUUGUAGAAACCAUACAUACAUUUUUUGACUAAAUGUUAUAAUAGUAUUUAAAAAAUUUCGUAAUAAUAAUUCGAUAGGGAAUAGUGGAAGCUUGCAUGGUCACCAAUAAAAGAACCCGAACGCAGAAGUGAUUUAGGAAGUAAAAGAGCAAAAAUUUCAAGCCAGCUAUAAAAAGGUUAUGGCUCCAGUGAGAAAUAUAACUACGGUUCAAGUCACAAAGGAAACAGAAAUGCAAAAAAGUAAACAAACAUUAAUGCAACAACAACCACAUAAAAGAUCACAUAGGUCUGCUCAACGGCACCGCAUAAACUCUGGGGUCAGUGGUGGUAGUGGCACAACAGGAACAUCUUCAGAUUGUUGUGUUCGAUGGCAGGAUUACGCAGUGUCAACGAAUCGACCGACAAGUCGUGGUGUAACAGUGAAAACGCAUAAAGCAUCUGCAACAACCAGCGGCGAAACUGAAUCAGCAUUUCCAAAAGGAAACAAUCGAAAUUGUAAUAAACGUAAUAUUAAUAAUAAUAAUAUAAGUUCUGCCGCAGCGGAUGUGCAGAGAAAAAGACAACAUAGUCCAGAAAAACCAUCGGCACAUAUAAACGGAAAUAUAACAGAUAACCAUUGCGACAUCAGCAAAAGUGAAUCAGAGCAAAACACACAAUCACCUCCGGCAUUGCCUAGUACAUCGUUAGAACAAAAGUCACCAGAACAUGUGUUAAGAGAAGCUAGUAUCUCGCAUGGAACUAACUCCGCACAAACACAAAAAAUAUUAAAGGAACCACAUACGAUUUCAAAAGCAAGACAAAAUUCAUUUGUAAAGUUAACCAAAGCGAAUAAAACGCCGUUGUUGCCGGUUAGACUACUAAAUUUGGGCACCAGUAUAACUACAACGCCAACACCGACUAUUACUGCUUUGUCAACAGCUGUUGCAAGAGCGGUGCCUUCGACAAAUCCACAGCAAAUUCGUUUCGGUGAAGGCGUAAAUGUUGAGUCGAUUUUACUACAACGUUUACAAUUAAUUAAACAUUUUUUGAAGAUAACUGCGCCAACAAUUACUUCACUUAAUCAGCGUUUACCAAAACAGAACGAAGAUAUAACACCAAGAGUAAGCGCAGCUAAUUUAACUGUUCAACAAAAUUUACCUAAGACGUUAAUGGUAUAUGAAAAUAAAACCGAAAGUAUGGAACGUGAAGUUGUAGUGAAUUCAACAAGUCUGGAGGAUGUUGCUCUUAGUGAGUUGAACGAUAAUCGCGCACAAUCUAUACAAUCAUUGCACAGCGUUGAAACGCCUACACCAGAUACCUCACCAAGUUUCGAUGAAUUACAGCAACGUUUGGAGACUUCGAAUCGUAAUAUACAAAAUAUGCAAGAGCAGCAGCAACAGCUGUUGCGUUUACAAAAUGCCGCCAAACAGCAUUUGAGCGAGAUGGAACAUCUGCGCCAACAGGCUGGUACUUUAAGUUUUGGUGCUAACCAACUAAACGGCUCGUCCAAUGCUGAUGGCUCACCUGAAUAUGAGUCAAUCGAUCAAGUGCAUUCAGAUAUGGCAACAUUGGUUGGGCGCAUGAAAAAUCUCACCACAUUUAUACAAAACCAGAAUGAGUUAAGCAAUCUUUUGGGUGAUGAUGGUCCCGAAAUCCUAGCCGAACAAGAAGCAUUGCAACAUAAACUUGAAUCCUUGCGUGCGCAACGUGAUGAUAUGCGUACAUUGGUGAGCGAACUGCAAGAUAUUAAUCGUAACGCCGAACGUAGAUGUGCUAUGGGUACGAGGGAAAGCGAAAACGACGCUAAUGUUAGCGAAACACCCGCGGUAAAACAAAUAACGCAAGAGCGCGAAGAAACACCAAAUGCGACUAAUGGUGCACGCAUUGUGCCCGUCACUUAUAUGCGUAAUGUGCCCAUAAAACUCACCAAUGGCGGUGUACCUGAAACAGCUGGAAAUGCAGCCAAUAUCGAUGAUGAUGAUGAUGAAAAUGACGAUCCCGAACAAAAAGCCGCCACCGCUAUGCUUAUACAACAAAAAGUUGCCGAUAUAGAAACGAUGCGUAAGCAAUUACAACGUCUAAAAGAGAUGAUGGAGACUGUGAAUAUAAUAGAAGCGCGCACAUCGCGAGAUGUUGGUGAUAUUGGUCGUACACCUCCACGUGAACUUCGUUCACAAUCACGUUCGACCGGCUCAUCGUUUGAUCGCGAUUGUACACCUGUUUCGGUUGUACCGGCACAUGCUGCUGGCAGCGCGGAUGACAUUGGCGAUGAUGUAUAUCUUACACGAAAAAUGCGUAUGAUUAAUGAAGUAACCGCUGAUUUACGUGCGCAGGCCGAAAGUUUGCAGGCCGAACGCGAUCGCAUAAAGGCGUUGAAGGAAGAAAUCGUUUUGCGCAAACAACAAGCAGCUGACGCAGCCAAACUUGGUGAAGAUGCUUUAAAGCGCAGCAGUUUAACACCCACGCCCAUACCACGCAGUCGUAAACAACGUGAAGAUGACACUCCCACGCCACCGCCGUCAACAAAUGCCGAAAGCGACCAACUCAAAAAAGAAUAUGAGACAAAGAAAAAGGAAUUCGAACUGUUGUGUCAACGUUUACAGCAAGACGAUAACAGUGCCACUAUUGCACCAACUGGCAUUAAAGAACCACGCCGUCGAGAUACUGUCUCCGAAGCUGACGACGAGGCAGAUGGCGAUGAAGAGCUAAAUGAUUCGGACUUCCCCACUUCGAAUACAACUUCGACUGGACGUCAAUAUUUUUCGGCACCCCAACAACAAUCUACUCCGGCUCAGCAGCAUCGCGCUGCCGCAAAAGCUGCUGUAACUGCACAUACCUUGGCUGCUGGAGCAGCAUCGGCAAAAGUAAAUGGACACUGUCUUCAAAGCCAAGGACAACAUGUAUCAGCCAGACCUCUGGGUAAGGAAGAAAGCUUUGACACAAAUUUAACGUCAUCUACGGCAGGUGAACGUCGUCAUUCUACACUAGCCAAUGCCAAUAGUACCACACAGGAUGGCGCUUCCCUAGAAGCUGGUAGCGUACAAUCGGGCAGCUCCCAAUUCUCAAUGCCACCACCAAUGCCGGCCAUGGGCGCUUGCAGCAGUUGGCCACCGCUACCUCCAAUGCCCAACACUUGGAAUCCACAAUUGUACUAUGGUUUUGGCGCUCCGUCACAUCCAAUAACUGCAACACAACCAAACUCGGCAACAACAAAUCAGAGUGUUGGUGCACCAUUCACACCAGUUGGUUUGCUGCCACAAUCUGCCGUGAACAGUGAAUGUAUUUGCAGUGCAGCAAAUAGUGCUACUAAUGCGCCCAUUGUUAGCGGACCAACACCAACAAUAAGCUCUACAAAUACAGCUGCACAAUUGGCCGCCGAUCCUGUAUUGUUACAGCAAUUCGUACAAACUCAACAAAUGCUCAUCAAUUCUGUAUGCCAAUGUAAUCAGAUGUUGUGGCAUCAGCAACGUGAAAUUGAUGCUUUGAAUAACACCAUACAUGUGUUACAGGAGCGUUUACUUGCAUUAACCGGCAACGUCAACGCUAUACCAUUAACGGAUUUGCCCUACUCACUGCGUGCAGAAUCGGUGCCACCGCCCGGCAUCACAACAGGCACAUUGCCAAACAAUCUUUAUUUGAGCAGCACAAAUCGUGCACAAUCUGAGCAACCAACGCUCUUCAUGCCCGGUCUUAGCACAACUACACGAAAUAGCGCAUUCUCCAACUAUCAACGUCAUCAGCAACAACAAUAUCAACAACAUGGUCGCAUCGCAACAGCUUUUAGCAGCGAAACACAACACAGCAAUAUUGCGGCCGCUAGCAGUACCAACGCCGGCCUUUAUAACACUUUAAAUAACGCCGCACCACCACCACCACCACCACCCAAUCAGGCCGCAUCACAUUACAACAAUGAAGUACCGCAAUCACCACCACUGCAGGGUAAUGCCGCUGGACCAGGACCAAUUUUUAUGCAUCAUCAUAACAACGCUAUACAUCAAAAUAAUGCCAAUUUGCGCACACAAAAUCACUAUGCUAACAAUUUGCAUCAGCAGCAGCAGCUACAACAGCAACAACAACAUGGUCAUAGUAACGUCAAUAUUGGCGGAGGUAAUACAUUGAAUAAUCAAGUGCCACCCGGUAAUCGCGCCAACAAUUAUUGGGACAAUUUUCGAAGUUAUUCGCGUCAAAAUUUACUUUCCACUAAUUCGAAUAAGAGCAAUGAAGAGCAGCAGCAGCAGAACCAACAACAACAACACCAACAUCAACUAUAUCUACAACAACGCGUAAUGGAACAAACUGAGGGGCGUGGUCCGACGCAAUAUCGUUCGCAAUUACAGCCCCAUCACCGCGCAUUAACAACAACAUUGCCUGCAGCGUUGACCACGAGUAAUUUGCAGCAAUUACAGCGACAGCAACAGCAGCGUGAAGAAGCGGUGCAGCAACGCCAACAGCAACAGCAACGCGCAGCACAAACGCAGCCACAGUUGUAUCGCACCGUAGACGGUAGUAAUAGCAAUAGUUGCAACAAUUUGAAUUUCGAACGCAAUGCGAACGAUAAUAAGUAUUUGCACACGUUGCAGCGUUCGCAUAUCAAUCGCUAUCAGCAGCAACAACAACAAAAUGUUGGACUGCCGAAUUCAUUAUACACCAAUAACAACAACUUAUACCAAUCGUCCUGGCUACCGCCAGCCGGCGCUGCUGCGAACGCCACCAAUUGCACCGAAGUCAAUACCGACACCGACAAUGUUGAUAUUGAUGUUUACGAUACGUACAAUAUUAUUGACAGUGAUUUGGCCGCGCCCUAUGCACACUUGAGCAGCAAUAUGGGUUCGAAUUCGAGCAACAUGUUGCGCAACAUGAAUGUCAACUUUGGCAAUAGUCCGCAUUAUCAGCGCAAUAAGUUGUUGACAAAGCCAAAUUGUCGUGGUGCCGAAGCCAUGGAUCAUCACAAUCCGAAUAGAAUGCAAUCAGAGCAACAGCAGCAACAACAACAACACCAACGCAUGCUAUCACAACAACAGCAGUUGUUACGCGCACAACAACAGCUCGAUCCAACGACACCGCCAACCUUACGAAACAUGGCUGAUUACACACAGGCGCAGCAUCAGGAUUUAUUACCAGCCUCGGUUAGCGAGGCGGUAGCUGCAGCAGAGGCACAAUUACGGAAUCGUGAACGUGUCGAUCUUUUACUACGUACUGUGACCACUGAUCAUAACGACGCUAUUAAUGUUUUGCCCGCCACAGUGGGUGGCAGCACAGCAACCACAUAUAACUCGCCAUACAUGCCGAACACUAAUGGAUUGCAGUUAAUGGACACCAAUGGAAUUAUUAAUAAUACGCCUAAUAUUAAUAACGAGAAUGCUGAGCGUGAAGUUGAAACUGAAGGCGAAGCUGGCGUGGACCUGAACGUAGACAUAGACGUGUUAAAUGAUGAGGAGGACGAUGAUACCACAUCUGAAGAGAUUAAACGAAAUCUACUUGUUAAUGCUUUGAAGAAUGAUAAAUUCACUACCAAAUUCUAUGAGUCAAUAAAAGAAGAUGUUUUCCGUCGCCUCGAACGCAUGCUGCUAGAGAAAGAGUCAGCUGAGAGCAAUUGUGUGCGUAAUGUUGGUCAAGUUUGCGCUGGUCUAUCCGCUACAAAUACGGCCAGUUCUGCUCACGAGCAUGAAGAGUCCAAUGAUUUAUUGGGCGCAACUUCAUUACCACGCGAUCCAACGCGUAAAUUCAAUUUGAAUGCGCGCAUGGGCAAUCAACAGCAACAGCAACGUUUGCAACAGUAUAAGCAACAGCAAGAACAACAACAGAAUCCAUUAACAUUGUCUGGUAACUUUGGCGCUGGACGAACGGCACCAGCCAACUCUUAUGCGUUCAAACAUGAAUCCAAUGAUGAUCUUGCCGCUGAGGAUGAUCAACACGCUUUGCCAAUCUCUCCAGUUAACGCCUAUGUAAAUAAUCGGCAAGCAGCUGCUCUGCAAGAGAAUGCAGAGGAAGACGAGUAUGGAGCAAAUAAUGCUGACACAGAAAGCAACAAAGCGGACAAUGAGGAUGCCGCAGCAGCGUUAGUGGAGGCAAUGGCGAACAUCAACAACAGUACAGGCCACGUACCAAGCGUACCGCAAGCAGGCGAAAGCGAACAACCGGAGGAGGAUGAUAUGCGUUACAACAACAACAGCAAUAAUACAAUUAAUAAUGUGACAGUUAGCGAUGCAACAGCGCUUAGUCAGACGCAACAGCAUAAAUUGUCUGAUAGCAACGGACGCACAGAUAGCAACACAGUGCCAAGUUGGCGACAAAAUGUGUUUAGUCAAGCAGAAUCAAAUACUAGCAAUAAAUCGAUGAUAGCUAACAGCAAUAAACACAAAAAUCGUUCAGAUGCUGUCAACAACAGUGGUGCCGGCGGUGAUGCGGAAGCAAUGCCGCACGCCAGUGGCGGCAGCAAUAUACGUCCAACAUAUAGCAAUGAUCUUAUCACAUACAUAAUAACACGUAUACAUAACCAAACGCAUGUUAACACUCAAAUUAACGACACUGUGUUGGUGGAAAUCGCUAAGUUGACCGCCUGCGCAGUGCAAAAGUUUGCACCAACGCUUGUGAACCAUAAAACGCUCUCCACUGCUGCGCCACACAUUUCGCCUAAGAAAUUCUAUAUGAGAAUUAAAAAACUCUGCGCACCACGUCAACGUGACGAGUUCUUGCAAUGGUAUCGAAAUUAUUUGGAAGGCAUUUUUCCAGGCGCACGUUCCGAAGGUGAGUGGCGACAAGGCGACGAUUUAUGCAUAAGUGGUACUUCGGAAGCGUCAAGCGCUAGUCUAGAGUUACCACGCAUUCGCAAUAAAAUGGCAAAUCAGCAGCAAGCGCAACAACAACAACAGCAGCAAGAAAAUGGAAACAGUAUUAGCAAUAAAGAAAACAACGACGAAGACUUGGCGGAAGCUGAUCAAAAUUCCGCUAAUAGUAGCAGCAAUACCAGCAACAUUUUGUUUGAUAACACAUUUGCAGAGCAUCUGGCAACUAACGCAUUAAUGCAUGAAAACGAACUUGUAAACAAAGAAAAUCCGAAUGAUAAUGUUGAUAAACUUGAAAAGAAUAACGAGAAGCCCACUAACGCCGAUCAGUGUGGCGAUGUUGCGGGUGCGUGCUGUUUGAUGCCGUUAUCACCUGCUGCCAUCGCAGCAGCCGCAGUGACCGAAGAGGCUAUAAAUGCAGCGAUACAACAGCGAGAUGCGCAACAUUUUGCUGCAAACGGCACUGAUGGCGGCACAGCGGAAACAGAUUUUAAUCCACAUAAUAACUAUACCUAGUUAAUUGUAUACAUAUAUAUGUCACUGCAACUGGUUACUACUCUAAUAAUAAUCGUCGCCACAAUGCUUUCAUCGCCUAUGCUGUCGGCAGCGUUGCUAUUUGUAUAUGAAUUCAUGUGACUGAACGUGUUGCUCAUAGUUAGCCAGCGCUAACGCUGUAGAAUAUCUUCCAAAAAUGGAAAAAAAUAUACAAAUAUAAAAGAAAACUUUAUAAUAAAAAAAAUACACUAAUAGACUGUUUCCGAAACCUAACACAAAUCGAAUAAAUUUUACGUUAACUUGGCUACUUCUGGCAUACAUCUGUAUAUGCAUACAUACAUACAUACAAAUAUAAUACUGUUUUUUUUUUUUAAUAUUUCGUGUGUCGUGUCGUCUAAAUUUUGACUAUUUUAAAAGAAAUUCAUAUAUUUAUUAGUUUUUUAUUACUAGAUAUCUAUAGGUGUGUGUUAGACUGUAUUAUGCUGCACCAUAAACAUACAUUCCCACAAAAUUCUAAUUAACUGUCGGUUUAUAUUGACCAAAUAUUUUGUUACACAGUAUGUACACUAUUUCACAUGUAUGUAGUUAAUGCAAAUGUAACUGUAUAUGUGUAAAUUUGAGCUUAUAUAAAUAAACUAAAAAUUACUUCAUUAAAAACAA